AUGGAUAAUCCAGAAUCAAGUGUACCAAACGAGCAACACAGUGCAGCUCCAGUACAUUCAGAGAGUAUGAUGCAGUUGGCUACUAGUAUAGCACAGGUAAUGGGGGAUGCACAGAGCAAGAUGAGUGGGAGUAAAGAAGAAGAAGCUGAUAAACAUUUGCAGAUGUUUCAUAAACCGAAGCCUCCGUUGUUCAAAGGAGCUGUGGGACCCCAAGCUGCUGAAGAUUGGAUAAUGAGAGUAGAAAAGAUCUUUGACAGCAUGCAGUGUCUGGGCAAUCGAAAGGUACCAUUGGCUGUGUUUCUAUUUGAGGGAGAAGCAGAGAGAUGGUGGAUUGGACAGCAGAGAGAGAAAUUUCAGGGGAAGACAAAUGCUGAGAUCACCUGGGAUGAGUUUACUGCAGUGUUUCGGAUGUGGUUUGUACCUCCGUCAGCUCAACGACAAAUGCAGGAAGCUUUUAUGAGAUUGGAACAAGGACGCAAGACAGUGAUACAGUACGAGGCAGAGUUUACUGUACUUGCGAGGUAUGCUUCUCAUUUGAUCCCUACCGCUGAAGAAAAAUGCUAUAGAUUUCUGCAUGGACUGAAUAGAGAGCUGAGACAUCCACUAGUACCCUUCCGGAUCCAUGAGUUUUCAGAGUUGGUGGAGCGGGACAGACUGAUAGAGAUUGAUUUGACAACGCCAGUAUCGAGAUAUGAUGAUACAAGGAGGAGGAGAGAUGAAGUCAGACGAGAGGAAUUAGGUAGAGAAAGAGAUAGAGAGAAGAGAAGCAAAUAUGGUGAUUCAAGGGGAUCUGCAUCGGGAUCUGCAUCAGUAGUAUCUUCUGGUUCCAGCGAGUGCAUUCAUUGUGGUCGACGACAUGCAGGUCGGUGCUACUUAUUGACGGGACAGUGCUUUCACUGUGGACAGCAAGGGCAUAGAGUAGCAAAUUGCCCUCAGAAAGGAUUGGGUGGAAGAACUGAUUCUGGUACAGGACAGCAGAGGACAAUUGGCUCGAGAACCUACAGUGAGAGAUCAGGGAACCGGAUGACUGAUAGAGCCGUCAGAAAUAGUCAGAGGGAGACUGUUGCGCCACGACCUCCUGCACUUCCUCCAGUGGUGCCACGUAUCUACAGUCUACAUCAUUAUGAAGAUCAACAACGACCAGAAAGUUCUACUGGUAAGACGAUUUGA